UUUCUACAGCGAGGAGGUAAAGAACUAGAGAGCCUUUAAAGUUACGUCAUUUUGGUUCAAAAGCUAUGAGUAGUUUAAGUGCAUUAUGAAUCGUCGUGGAGAAGGACGUGUCCGGCGUGGAAGAUCUAACAGUUCAUCUCCCACAUCCACUAGAGCAAAAUCCAAGCGACGAAACACUGGGGCCACAGACAGUGUUGAAGAGUCGCCUUCGCAGAGUGCACUUACACAGAAAGCCCCUAAACCAAUUCCCUCGACCACUGCAUGCUCCCCAGGUGAGACAGAUGCUGUGGGUAGACGACAUAGUGCCAGAAACAACUCUAACAAAGAUGGAGACUCCAAAAAAUCAGCCAAUAAGGCAUCAAAUCGAGCCAGCAAGAAGGCAGCGAGUCCUCCGCCCCCUGCUGAAUCCUCCACAGUAAGCAUGUCUUCGUCUUCUACACCUGUUCGUGCAGAUAGUGCAGAGGUCUGUGAGACUCUUGAAAACAAGAAACCUAUUGCUAAGCCUCCCAAAAAGAGAAAAGGGAGUAGUUUUGAGAGAGAAGCCAGUCCACCGCCGCCCCCAGCCAAGCGACCUGCCAUUGACUUGCAGGACUGGAAGAACCAGAGAGUUCUUGCUCGCAGAAAUGGCAUUUUUCAGCCAGGAUGUAUACAGACAAUAAAGCAGGGUCGUCAUGUGGGAAUUCUUUUUGAUGGAGAAAAGACAGAAGUGUUGAUAAAUGAUGUUGUUGAUUCCAAACUUCCUCUGGUGAUAAGCGAUUAUUGUCCUAUGGCAAUCAUGAUGAACGUUGGGGUGCAUGUGUGUGUGCGGAUUAGCUCUGAGGAGAACUUGUUCUAUGAGGGAAUUGUCCUGGAAAAGAAACCGCCAAGCUACAAGAUCAAACUGACUUCAGCACCUGCUGGAAAGGAGAAGGAAAUUCUGGCCCCAAGAGCCCACAUUCGUCUCUUACAGCCACCCUGGUUUGAGGACUUGGAAGAGCCUUGUGAUGAGGUACGCACUCCAAUACCUCCUCUUGUUAUGGCCUCGCCCAUCCCAACAGCCUCUGGUCCAUCUGGUCAGAUGUCUACGGUGAUGCUGUCUGCUGGACGGACACCAUCCAGGACAGAAAGCUUUGAGAUGAAAUCAGACUAUGAUUCCUCAGAAGAUGAAAUGAAGGAGGAAAAUGUGAAUUUCAAUUCCUCUGGCAUGAGCACACCUCGGUCUGGCAGCGCCACUCCAGCCUCAGCUCAGUCCAAGAAUGGUCGAGACAAAAGUAAACAGCCAUUGAAAAAGAGGGAAAUGGCCAGAAGUCGAAGUACAACUUCAAUUGAAAGUAAUCGCUCAAGUACGCCAAGAUCCCCAAAUCCAACCAAGUACAAAAAGGGAGAUGUUGUCUCUACUCCCAACGGAGUGCGGAAAAAAUUCAAUGGGAAGCAGUGGCGGCGGCUAUGUUCUAAGGAGGGGUGUGCCAAGGAGUCUCAGCGUCGAGGAUACUGCUCUAGGCACUUGUCACUUAAGGGGAAGAGCCUUCGCACAGCCUUGACCUUCCCGGGGGGCAGUAAAGACGGGCAGUAUGAAUGGGAGGAGACUUCCAGAGAAAGUGAGUUUGAUCCUGAGCGCAGGUCUCAGAGUAACUUUGAUGAGAAAGAGGCUGCAAACAUGUUGGUGUGCUUGGGGAACUCACGAUCAACAACACCUGCCAUGUCUCCUGGCCCGUCCCCUCAUCUGUUACAGGGCCAGUCCCCCACCUGCCACCUUGCGUACCGGGGAGGAGGGGCCACGUUCACGCCAAUCUCCCCCCAGUCUCACACCCAUCACCAUGCCUCUGUGUUGGGCUCCCCAUCAAGACACUGGAGCUCAGCCUCUGCUAAGUCAGGCAGCUCAUCCUCAGAACUCAUAUCGCCUGUAACCCCGCAGCAUCCUCAUGGCUCCCCAGCAACAUUCCCCAUGCCCGGGGGUGGGUCUCAGAUCAGUCCCAGCGACCAGCAUGUCUCGCCCAACAUAAGGAGCAGCAAGCAUCGCAUUGAGAGCUUCCUCAAGCACGAGCAGAGUCGCAGUGAGGGAGGGGACUCCGGGAUAGAUGUGCUUACCCCUACCUCAAUGGGACAACGAGGGUCGAGUUCUCAGGAGCCCGACCACACUCGAGGAAGGUCUGCUUUCCACCCCACGUCUCAACAUGCCAUUACAUCAGCCAUUCAGCAAAGACUCUCCUCUAGUGCUUUAUCCUCAGAACAAAGUGUAAAGUCGCCGGUCACAACUGGCUACAAACCAGAAACUAGUGCCCUUAGUGUCCCUAGCCAGCCUUCUGCGACCCCAAGCAAACCUCGGAAUCGCCACAGUCUGCUACAGCAGAGCCUUCAGUCACCCCCUGCCCCUAAUGUCAGCUCGGUGAUUCUGCCACAGAACUUGGGCGUGGCUCACUCCACUCCCAUGGACAUCGUCACUACUGCACCUGUAAGUGUGCCUCCCCCAGGUGCACAGCAGAGGGGUGUCAUUCAGUCCACAGGGUCUGUACAGAGUGCUCAUGUUCAUGUGCAGCCUGGACAACCAGUGGCCAUCUCAACUGACCUUCAUAGUGUGACCAGUGAAGCAGUGUCACCAAGUCAUUCCCAGCAUGUCCCCUACCAGACAGUGGCUGUGCACCCAGCUCCCACAUCCCUCCUGCCUGUUAUGCCCAUUGGGAAUGAGAUGAAGCAGAGCUCCUUUGUGGGAAUAGAGGUGGCCUCUGGGCAGGAUCAUGAUGUUAAUGUCACUUUUUUGUUGAUGAUUCAGCAGGGACGAGUGUCCCGUCAGGUGCCUGUGUUUCCAUGGCAUUCACUUGUACCAUUUUUGACAAACUCAGGCCCUGUGGGUGGAUUGCCUGGGGGAGGGGCUGACCAGCAGAGCAGUUCCACCCAGGAUAACCGAGACACCGCUCCUCUCGGCCUACCGGACACUGGUAAACUAGAUGAUGAUGAUGACGAUGAUGUGUUUGAGCCAAGCCCCGAUACCUACUCUGCUGCUACAGCAACGUCUACAAAACGACGCUCACAAUCUUUAAGUGCCUUGCCAAAGGAUGAGCCUAAAAGCCCUAGCAAGGGUAAGGAUGGCUUGAAGGAGAAGGACCACAUCCGCCGACCAAUGAAUGCCUUUAUGAUCUUCAGUAAACGCCACCGCCCUCUGGUUCAUCAGCGGCACCCCAACCAGGACAACCGCACUGUGAGCAAGAUCCUGGGGGAGUGGUGGUACGCCCUUGGGCCCAAAGAGAAGCAGCAGUACCACGACCUUGCCUUCCAGGUGAAAGAAGCCCAUUUUAAGGCGCACCCAGACUGGAAGUGGUGCUCAAAAGACAGAAAGAAAUCCAGUACAAGCUCGAUGAAGAAAGGAGGGAGGAAGAGGCUGAGCUCAUCUGAUGAGUUCGGGGUGCCAGGGGACGGGGAGACGCCCUCCACUUCUGCUGGUUCUGAUUUGCCCCCUGAGCCCCUGAUGCAGCCCCCCGAGAUGCCCACCGACAGUGAGGCUAUGCCCAGCCCCUCCGCUCAAUGGUCUCCUGCCACCCCAGGUUACGACCCCAAGAAAAUGAGAACUCAGAGCCUGUCAGCAGUGGCUCCCCCUGGUGGAAGCAGAGACUACAGACUUCCUGACCCACAGGAAGGGGGGUCGUUAUCAGAGAGUUUAAAGCGACCCCCUCAGGAGAAUAAGAUAACUCAACCAUUGUCGCAGGCAUCAGUGACCAGUCAUUUCAGCGGUUCUGUCUCACGCCCCAUGGAUGACGACAGUGAUGACGACAAAAUGAUCAUAUGUGAAGAUGCUGACGAUGUUGGUGAUGACAAUGCCAUAGAUGAUGGUCCUGACAACAGUGAUGUGGGAGGUAUUGACCUGAACUGUAAGGAGAAGGUUUCUGACAGCGAGACUGACAGUCAGACAGAGGAGGACAAUUUGAUAGAGAACAAGGCCUUCCCACAACAACGCUUCUCCCCUGUCAUGCGACACAUAUCACCAGCAGAGAUCACCCACAGGCCCAAACCUAUCAAAAAGAUGCCUGAGUCGCCCAUGAAGAGAGACUCCCGGUCUGUAGGCUCCCCUCUACACAUUUCGUACAGUGACCAGGGCAUCCCACGGCCAUCCAGUGCUGGGUCAAGCUUUCAGCCCACCGGGGCAGUGUUUAAGGCUAAGGGACGCUCCAUGAGUAGUGUGGCAGAGUUCAACUGGCAGAAAGAGAGUAAUGAUCUCAACUCACAACAGCAUUAUCAUCAUCACCAACAACAACAACAGAUCUCUCUACAGCAGCAUGUUCAUGGUCAGCAGCAAUUCCACGAUCAGCCACAGUCGCAUCAAACCAGUCGAUCAAGCACAGUGCCACGUAACACACCCAUGAAAAUCCACAACGUAACCAUGACAACCCCAGAUAAGCAGCAGAUCAUCGUGUCAUCUAAUGUGGAGACAACUCUGGCAGCAAAGAAUGGGAAAGGGCCAGUACUCAGCAAAACAACCAUCAAGGGGCCCAAAGGAUCUAAUCGGCAGAUGCCCCAUGGUUCCACGCAGCUUCAACCACUCUCUCCUAACAUGUCGCAGCAGGUACAUUAUUCAGUUCAGCCAGAUGUGACACAGCAGUCAUUCCAGACGGUGAAACCAGCAGUGUCCAGUUCAGUACAGUUGGCGACCUCGUCUCAAUCUGUAGUGACUCUGUCUAGCCAGAGCAGCAGUCGCGUGGCAGCCACCUACUCCACCACGUGCCGACCAAUCCCUACACCCAUCCCCAUUGCCUCGAAGCCCACAGCCAACGCCUUACAGGCCAACAGCACAGGCCAGUCCGUGGUCAGGGCUGCCACCCCGGGAAUCAAUCUUCAGUCUCAGACCCUGAUCCCAGCAGCGCAGUCCCCCUCCCCCAUGAAGAAUGUCAGCGCCAUUUUGGUGCAGAGUAUACCCUCUAGCCACUAUGGCAUGACCCUGGUGAAUGCACCCACUGUCAACAACAACAACAACUCGAGUAAGGUGGCUGCCAGCUCACCCAGUGUGCACACUACCACAGGAGGAUUCCUAACAACAUUCCGUAACUUGGCCCCACCGCACAACUCCCAGAAUCAAGCCUCCCAGCAGACGUCUCAGCAGCCUGCAGCCUUCCAGUAUGCUGUGCUGAGGACAAAUCAGGGCGGCGUGCAGCCCAGCGUACAGCCGACUCCUCCUGCUCAGCUCCCCGUGGUGACUGCCACACCCCAGGCUAUAACUAUUGGACAGACAACAGUCCAGCCCACCCAGCGCCCCACCCAGGUACAGUACAUCCUUCCGUCACUCACACUACAGCCUGGGACGGGGAAGUUAGGCAGUAUGCUCCAGAUGGCGCUCCCCGGCACCCCUCUCCCUCAAGGUAACAUUCAGUUGACUUUCCCGGGAACACCCCAGCCCCCCCACACCCCAACAGGCAAGAUCCAACUGGCGUCACCCAUGGGAAUCAAGAUGGCAGGGAUCAGCCCUGCAUCUACGCCCUCGCCUGCUCCGGCCCUGACUCCGCCAGCCGUGCACCAUGUCAGCCAGGCUAAGGUUCUUCAGAAUGUGCCCAAUCUACAGCAACAGCAGCUCCCCUCCCAGACACUGCACAUUCUGAACCAGACCUUUACAAAUGGGGGCCACACCCAGCCACAAACACCAACUGCCAUCCCUCAGAUUGUCUCUGUCACUCACCCGGCUGUUGCUAUGACAACGGGACAACCUACGCAGUUUGCCAUGACAAACUCGCCGCAGCCUGUCAGUCACCAUGUACAACAACAACAACAACAACAGUCCCAGAGAUUCCUCAUGCCAACCUCACAAAAGUUCACUUAUUACCCUCAGCCCAGCUCUGUGACGUUAGCGGCCAGCCCCGGCCCCACCACGAAGUCAGAGUCUGUGCCUGCCUACAUCCACUACUUGCCUCAAGGGGGACAAGCUGGUCAACCUGCUCAAAUUCUUAUACAGCCCCAUGCUGUUAGAUCUCCGUCUGUGUCACCUGUGGUCACUGUGGCAACCCCUGUCGUGUCUGCCAUUGGGCAGAAGUUACCAGUACAACAACAACAAUCACAACAUCAACAGCAGCAACAAGCACAACAACAACAACAGGCUGCCCAGAAGAGCCCACCGCAAAGUCAGAGCCCGAUGUACUACCAGAGUGUCAUGAAAUCACCGAGCAUCAGUGUGUGUACAGAGGCCCGAGGGGAGAUUGGCUACAUCAGCAACAGUAAUGUACAGCCCAAACCAGUGAAGGUUAAGGCCACCUUGGCAAACAUUCCGGUGGCUACGGAGUCCUUACAGCGAAUGACAACCACCCAAGGUAUGGUAUCAAAGCCUCAAGUUACCACAACAAUGGUAUCACAGAGGUCUGUUGUGUCGACGGGCCAUCAAUCUGCCCACGUCCAGGCAAUGUCACCUAACCCUGCGUACACCUCCCAGCAUCUGGCCCUGCCCCAACGCAUGCUCUCUGCGACAGAGUUUGUGGUUCCCAUUAAUCCACGACACUACGACGGCGAUCACUACAACCAGUCACUAACUUCUGUGCCUCAGUCAAUGGGAUUGUCCAGAGAUGGGUCACAUGACUCGCACCUGUCUUAUCAGUCAAGCCAAGGGGAGGAGUCCCGCCCUAAGUCAGGAGAUGGGCGAGAGUAUUAUCGUGAGACUGAUGCAGAUUACGACAGUGAGGCAAAGCGUCAGCGUUCCUGUAAGGGGAAGCGAUACCUGGAGCUCGUGGCUGAGAGUGGAGUGAAAUCCUUCAAGAAGGAAAGAAAGAUUUGUCGUCAAGGGCAUGUAAAUGAGAUGCAAGAGUCGUCUUCCCCUGCCCCUGGUACUGAGCCUGGCCAACAGAGGGAGCCUGAGGAGCGCGAGAUGGACAACGCUGUGACCUCAACUCAGUCUGGGGGUCAACCCAACGCCGCCGGGACCACAGAAUCACCGCAGGAACGGCCUAAGAAGCCCAAGCCGCCGCCUCUGCCUGUUCCCCCAAGUGGUAUCCAGAUGGGUGCCCCGUCACCGAGUAAAGGCUUCCUCAAGAAAAACGUUGACGAUGGAAUGGAAAGGGUGUUACAAGAAGUGGACUUUGUGCGUCAGUUCAAGGAACUGCCUCAGUUUGUUCCUGAGGAGUCAAGCAGCACCACACCCCUCCCCCAGAGUCCACGGGCUAUCAUCAGUAACUACAAGAAGAAGAGGAAAGUGUCCCUUCUCGCCAAAGGGGAAUCUCAGGAGAUGGACAGUUCAGAAGAACAGCCUUCCCCUCGGUUACCACCCUCCUUACCCCCAUCUUCACCACGGUUACCACCCUCAUCGCCCCGCCUUCCUCCCUCGUCACCACGACUGUCACGGCGGGGAGAAUCUGAGGCCAACACUCCGCGCACACCCAAGAGUGGCCGCUUAGAGGGGACACACUUUUUUGGCAGUAACUUCAACCCAGAGCACUUUGAAAUGGAAUUCCCUGAUGGUUCAGAUCUGAAUUCCCCUAGGACACCCAAAACACCCAGUUCCCCCGGGGCACACUCCUCACUGCGGAGAAUUCUUGACCAGAGGAGAAACCUGGUUAUGCAGCUAUUUGACGAACAUACCCUCUUCCCUUCGUCCCAGGCCACCGCAGCCUUCCAGUCCAAGCACUCGGAUAUCUUCACCUCAAAGAGCUGUCUACAACUGAAGAUCCGUGAGGUGCGUCAAAAGAUGAUGGCUCAGUCUGCAGCCGUGGAGGCAGAGGCUGUCGCCAGCAACAACGCAUCUGGGUCUGUGGUGGUGUCAGCAGGAGGAGCACCCACCCCCUCCUCCAGCAGUAACACCAGCACCACGGGUCAAGAUGGACAGAGGGCUAGCAGUACCUCCACCUCCUCCAGCCAGACACACACACGAGACGUCCCCAUGACGACAGCUCUGCCCACAGCAUCCCAGCAAAUGCCACCACCACAUUCGUCAUCGCGCGACAGCUCGGCCAUGUUCCAACAACUUCACUAUCAUCAGCGGAACUCAGAUGUUCCCAGUACGUCUCAGUCAUAGGACACCCAGACUAACCUGACCCGAUAAAAGGUGGUUAAAUAAUGUGCACAUUUACCAUAAUCAGAAGUUAUUUUAUUUCACAUGGACAAAGUGGUGAAGGUUUGAAUCCUGUUUGCUCACUGUGGCUCUGGGUUUGCUCAGUGUUUAGGGCACUGCCCGCAACUGGCUGAACUAGUAGCCACGAACUUUGUCUCAAGAUAACAGUAUACAAGAAGUUAUCCAAAAGUCAGCUAUUUUAUUACCAAGUGACCAGAAUGUACUGAAUACAACUGAUUUGUAUAUACUGAAUGUACAAUGUUAUUGUUGGUCACAAUGACAAUUAGCCUUAUUUUACCAUACAUUUUGACGACUUAUUACUUUGAUGAAGUAGUGAUUAUGAAUGUUCAUGAAUAUAUCUUUCGUUGCUGGUUAAAAACCAGAAAUCUCAUAUACAGACUCUAUGUAAACCUUGGGAGUGUCUCUGUCUUCUAUAGGCCAACACUUUGGUGGUAUUUUGGGCCAUUUCUUUGAUCGCUGUCAUUGGUCGUUUGUCAUAAAGAUCUUUCUAUUUAUCACAAGAUUCAAAGAAGAAAAAUAAAGUUGGAUUAUCAUUCCCAGCAAGGAUUUUACAACAUGGUGAAAGUAUUGUGUGUCUGAUAAGUUCCUAGUUAUCAGUGUUCAACAUACUGGGCUAUACAAUGGUAUAGAGUAUGGAUUUUGUUUUAUUGGUAUUGCAGGGUUUUAUGUCAAAUUUGCUGGUUCAAAUUAUGUGAUAUUUCCCUGUGUUUGAAAUUGUCUUUUAAAUUUGUUGUUUAAAAUCAGUUUCUCUGUUGUCCUUGGGGCUGUCAUCUCUAUGAAGUGUGUAUACUUACUAGUAUAAAGAUAUGGUCUCUUUAUGUGCUGUCUAUUACCAGGUAGGGUAUGUAUGUUUCUAUUUCUAUUUUUUUGCGCACUGGGUCUGAUUACCUGCAUUUCAUUAUCUCUGUCUACAGCACUGAUAUUGUCUGGUUUCUAGCUGUAUGAAUUGUUUGAAUAUAUUACACGAUGCAUUCAGUUUUUUUGGUAAUCUUUGUAUCCUGUUAUUGGCUGUACUCGGGAUAUUACUGGUUGUACCUUGGAUAUCACUGGUUGUUCCCUGGAUAUUACUGGUUGUAUCCUGGAUAUUACUGGUUGUAACAUGGAUAUAGCUAGCUGGAUAUUGCUGGUUGUAAUGUGGAUAUUGCUGGUUGUAACGUUGAUAUUACUGGUUGUAUCAUGGAUAUUACUGGCUGUAUCAUGGAUAUUACUGGUUGUACCGUGGAUAUUACUGGUUGUACCCAGGAUAUUACUGGUUGUACCCAGGAUAGUACUGGUUGUACCAUGGAUAGCCCUGGUUAUACCCUGGAUAGUACUGGUGGCACAGGUUACAAAUCACAUGUACCAGAACUCGUUUUUGUUUAAUCUGGUAUAUUAGACACUAGACAUACCUGGAAACAUAUUCAAGAUAACAGCACAAUGUUUUUUUCACCAUUCAGGAAGGUUAAACUGUAGAGAACAGGCGAACAUUGGAUUUUGUGUGACGAUUAUACUUAUCCCCUAUGUUAUUUAACGUCGUCACACUCUUAGUACAGGCGACUUAUAUUUAGCUACUGGUUUUAUACUGGUGUUUGUUUGAGUACACAGCACGUUAAGCAUGUGUAUGUAUAGGUCUUUCUGGGGGUAUAGAGGGUAAGGGCACCUCCUUGUGUGGAGUAAGGGUGAAUCUUUCCUGUCUAAAGUAGAUCGGGCCAACGUUGUGUGGUCUAGUGUUCAUUUCUGAUUCUUCGAUGACUUAUUUGAGCCGGUUGGUCACGUAGUACUUGUUCAUUACACGAAAACAACUGUCAGUUCAGCGUGGACCAGAGUUGCCCUUGGACAGGGACAGUAUCUCAUAUUCGGAAGUGGAAAAACUGUGGCAUACGUCAUUGUUAUGGACAUCAGUGUUCACAGGCAUUGGUACACAUUGUGUUUAUGUACGUACAGUGACGAGGGCAGAAGAAAUUAUGAUUUUCUUGGGUAAGGUAGACGUCUAUUUCAGACGGUGAUAAAGUCUAUGUACGCACAUUUUUAACGUGUUAAUAUAUAUAUGUACUUCGGAAAUGUCUGCCACAGUUGUAAGUAGCCCAGUGUUAACGGUCAGUGUAAAGAUGCAUGAAUGGGUAGCUCGCCACCGGCAGGGAGCAUGUGUAGACGACUGCUUCGAUUCGAAAGUUUCUGUCGUUUAUGUGGUAAAGACGUUGACCGUUGUAUAUUUUUGCGCUAGCUCAACAUCUUUCCUUUGCAUUGUUGUAUAUACGAAAUGACUUCCAUAUUUGGAAAUUUUGUAAAACUGUAUAUAUGUAAAAACAAAAAUACAAAAAACCGAAGAGCUCUGUUGGCUAUACAUUGUACAUAUCUCCGGAGCCAUUGGCCGGCUUGUCGUAUUUGCUGACUAGGCAGAUAUAUCGCCGUCUUUCACAUCGUGCCCCUUGUCCAUAGUACAUUUUCUGGCCAAAUGUAUCACUGAUUAUUUAAUGUUGCGCUAGUACACUUAAUUAUUAUAUAAAAAAUUAGGUCCAGUCUGUUCCUCACGUAUAUAUGCUUCCGGUGUCCAACUCAGUGGGCUUGGCACUUCCGGUGUCCACCUCAUUGGGAUCGGCUGUCUGCUCGCUCGCUGAAAAUGUCUUAUAGUGCUAUCGUCGUUAAUUGUUAUUCUCUUUUCGCUGUCCUUUCUAAUUUAUCUGUAGCAUAAUUUCCUCUCUAGUUGUCUAUUUGUUGGCACAGUGUGUUGGAGACCACUUGUUUAGUCAUGACACGGUUGUGGAAAUGUAUGCAACAGUUCGUUUGUGUAUGGCCAAUGUGUUGUUUUUGUGUAAUUUUGCAAGCAAUUGUCUUUUAUUGUCAUUUUAGCAGUUUUAGUGUUCAUUUAAAUGUUCUUAAUAAUUCUUGUGAUAUUUUGAGCUGGCAUUCGUAUAGUCCUAGUACGUUACCGUGUUCUGCAUAACUUGCUGCUUUCAGUUUAGUGCAUUCGCUAAUGUACUCCGAUAAACUCUCCAGAACUCACCUCUCAGAAAAUAUUUUUGUGAACUUUUUCAUCAGCAGUUUAUCGUGGACACAACUAAAAAUGUAUGGUCCCAAGAAUUGUAAUCUUUCUAAAAAUGUUUGCCACGUUGACGCCUCCGAAUGGUUAGUUUCAUCCGGACUAAUUGAUCAAGUACUUUUCAGGCUCGGCGUGGUAUUCUUAAAAAAAGACAGAUCUGUUUCUUAGUGUCUGUUGUCUUAGCCUAUUGUUACCAGAAAGAGUUAUUUUAUGUGUAUGUCUUGUGCAAUACGCGAAACUCUACACAAUAAAACA